CCCCUUUCUUUUCUGCGAAAUGGUCUCCGCACAAACCAUGGUCAAUCUCGCCCUCUUCGCCCUCGUCGGCCUCCUUUCCCCUUUCAUCAGUGCCGCACCUCAAGGCGGUACAAUCAUCCUUCCUGCCGUCCAAGUGCAGGUCUUCGACCAGCCAGGCUGCCGCGGAAUUGCAACGAACUCUACACGCGGCAAGUGCGAGGUGCGGGGUCAACAGUCCAACACCUCUUGUCUGACUACCAAGAUUGCAAGCUUUGUCAUUCAUGGCUUGGCGAGCAACUCUCAGCCCGGCCAAUGCCACGACGUCACUGGAGACUACAGGAGCGUUAGCUGCGAGGCGGGCGACUUCUGCGCCCUGUCUUGA